AUGGAAACCCAAACCCUACCGGAAAACCGACCACCACCACCACCACCCGCCGCCAUAGACUACAGCUCCAAUGUAGACACAUCCCGUGCUUUCCGGUCGGUGAAAGAAGCCGUAGCCAUCUUCGGAGAACGGUUUCUCACCGGAGAGAUCUACUUACCAUCAUCUAAACCCCCUUUUACUGUACCCAAACAAGAAACCCCAUCUUGGAAAUCUACAGAUAGCUCCCAAUCUUCAUGGAAAUCAUGCUCGUCUUCCCGAGAAAGCCAAGAAGAAUCAUCGUCGUUUCUGGUUGCUUCCAUGAAAAAGAUUCAGUCGGAACUCGAAGAAACAAAGAAAGAGUUGAAGUUACUGAAAGAGAGAGAGUCCGAGACGGAGGUGGCGUUGGCUUCUUUAAACGCCGAGCUCCACAAGAACAUGUCAAAGAUCACGAAAUCUGAUCAUUCUGAGGCGGCGGAGAAAGCGGUGGCAAGUGGUGGUGGUGGUGGUGGUGGUGGUGGUGGAGACAGGAUGAUGGCGGAGAGAAAAAGGGUGAAGAAAAAACCGAUAAUUCCUCUUCUUGGAGACUUGUUUCCAAAGAAAAAGGGAAAACCAAAUGCUUCUAUUUUGAAUCCACUUUACUCGUCUUCUCAGAUGCAUUGGAUUUGACAAUUAGGGUUUAUGUAAUUCCAUGCAUGCAUGAAUCCAUUAAAUUGCAUUUGAAAUCAUUUUAUUCGUUUCAUUUAGUCAAGUGUGAAUU